GUGGGCUUGGCGGAGCGGCCAUGGCGACGGGCCGUGGCAGGUUAAGGACCUUUGCUGCGAGGCCUGGAGAAUGUUCUGAAACUGUAAAUGCUGGAAUUAAAAGUCUGUAUUUGACACCUCCCGUAAAACCAAAGGUGUGCAUUGAGAGCAUGCCAUCAGAAAUAUUGCUGAAGAUAUUUUCCUAUUUGGAUGCUGUGUCCCUAUUGUCUGUUGGUUGUGUGAAUAAGUGCUUCUAUGAGCUGGCCAAUGACAACGGAAUUUGGCUGAAACUCUAUUCCAGUUCUUUUCACCCAAAAUGGACAAUUUGGAAAAUGAAGUCGAAGCAAACAGAAACUGUUUCUUUGGGCUGUGCUGCUGUACAUGAUAAAGAGCCUGGGUACUGGAAGAAAGAAUACAUCUUCAAACAAACGUCUGCCUUCAAAACUAGAGUAAUGCGACUCGUUAAAUUUCUAGAUCCUUAUACAGGUCUUCCAUGUAAAAACAAAGAAGCUAUGAAAGUCUCUGGCUUGUGUUGGAUAAUUGUUCUAAAGGACAAAAAUGGAAAAGAACGUGUAGUAGAGAAGCCAAACCUAUCAUUUAAGGACACAUCUGUUACAGUACUUUGGUAUGGUGCAGACUGGCCGUGCUUAGACGUCCUGUCAACCCUAAAACUGUUUGGAGUUACACCAUUGCUUCCUGACCAAAGCAGACCUCAUAACAAGAAUGGACCUCGUAGAUUUUCCUUGAUUGCUGAAUACCAUCUUGCUAACCUGACUGAAAGUAGCGUAACAGUUGGUGCUGAUGAGCUUGUCCAGCUCUUCAGUCUGAGUCCAGGACUGUUAGUAGGAAUUUGGAAGGAGAAAAGUGAAAUUGCUUUUGUUAUGGCGAACCUUCAUUAUAAUCAACUUCUUGAGAGAAGCAUUUUGGGUUCUGCUACUGUUCAAUAUGUUCCUCCACCUAAUAAACCUUUACUGGAUGAUAUUGACUCAGAAUAUGGACUGCAUGACUACAGCCUGCAUCUUGACCUGCAUGGCAGAAACUGCAUGUACCUCUGUAGAUCAUUUAAGUGCCUCUUCUGCAGAAAACGUGACAUUGAAAAUGGAUACCUGAGGCUCAGAGUUGUAAACUUAAAGGAUAAUAGGAAGCACUUUCCUAUUAUUGGGACACUUGGCAUAUGCUGGGAAACAGAUGUGUUUAAAGGCAAUGUAAAGGACUGCUUUGUGAUGGAUCUGACUCUCUUGGAUGAAACUGGAAAGCCUUUCUGGUGUUUUAGUGCUCCAGUCCGCAUGGAAUUGUCUUCUGAGUCAUCUGGCCUUUAUGACUACAUGGGUCAUAUCUAUACUGCAGACUAUUCAGAUUCAGAGGGUAAAGUCUGUCUUGAGUUUGUAUGGUUGGAAGAAACCAAGGAAUAUAUUAUAGUCAGUUUGGUGCUUUAUGUAAGCACCAAGAAGGUAAAUAGCUGGUAUGGAACAAACUACUGACUUAAUUAGGUCACUAAUUUCCUUGCUUUAAAAACCAAACAAACAACCCUCCCACAACAAGAAACGCAAUAAACCAUUUAUGCUUAAGAUUGACACGAACAAGUAAGACUGUUCCUGCAAGUUUUCCAGUAACAAGUGCAGUUGCCUAAUUUUUUUUAAUAGGCAAUUGAGAGGUUGAAGAGACAUGUUGAUAAAAAAAGUGAGAUGUUUUCUUUUCUGUUGAAUAUUACAUGGUCACACUGUUUCUCACUGGCUAUAUUGAAAUUAUUUUUAGGAGGAAUUUUCUGUAUAGAGACUUGUUACUAUGGUUAAGGAAUUGCUUCUUUUGAGAGCCAUACUGUGAAGAUGCCUUACCUUACAUAAGCUACACUGGUUUUGACAACAUUGACUUUUAUGUUUAGUAAUAAAACAGCAUGGGUGCUGUUUCCUCCAGGUUUGUUGGAGUGUUAUUGGUAAAUGACAGGUUUUGUUAAAUACUUUUUCCAGAAAAACUUCACUUAAAUAUAUUUUAGUAGAAGAUUGAAAGGGUAGAUGGGAAGUCAGAUCUGAAAAAUAUGUCAAGGCAUUUGUUAAGAAAGUCAUAUGUAAAAUCUGUUUAUGACAUUUCUUUAAAUUCUUGUUUGUUCUGUUUUCCCAUGUUCUAACCUUGUCUGAUUUGAGCCUAGAUACUUGCCUUACAUAUUGACCUAGGAAAAAGUGUCCCAAUUACCAGCCAACCUGAGCUGAUAUCUGUUCUUACUGAAUGUAUUCAGUUGUUUCAGAAACAAUGCAUAUCUGAUACUGUUUAUCUAACAAUAUGAAUCCAUAUAAAAACUGAAUAGAUGUGCCUGAUCUUUCCAGUUCCUGGAGUAACUUUAGAAUCAAUUUUUCUACUUCCUGUAUAAAAAAAAGAAAAAUUAAAAAAAUUACAUGAUAUUGUGAGUCCAGUGUCAUUACCUAGCAAGGACAAUUAUGUGGUUGACUGCUCUGACUUUAUUAUGGUAGUGAUUUCCUUAAAAAUAAAUUCUCUCUUAAUUUGUUUACGUA